CUUUUAUGGAAUAUGAAGAAAAAACUGGACGAGCUCACAGACCACUCUCCCCUAAACAGAAUGUGAGGAAGAAUCUUGAUUUUGAACCACUCUCCACUACAGCACUUAUUUUGGAGGACAGACCAGCGAACCUCCCCGCAAAACCAGCAGAAGAAGCCCAGAAACACAGACAACAGUAUGAAGAAAUGGUCGUUCAGGCGAAAAAAAGAGAGCUUAAAGAAGCCCAAAAGAGAAAGAAACAACUGGAAGAACGCUGUAAACUGGAAGACAGCAUUGGCAGUGCUGUUUUAACUUGGAACAAUGAAAUCUUGCCCAACUGGGAAACUAUGUGUUGUUCCCGUAAAGUUCGAGAGCUGUGGUGGCAGGGCAUCCCACCGAGUGUGAGGGGCAAAGUCUGGAGCUUGGCAAUUGGCAAUGAGUUAAACAUCACCCAUGAACUGUAUGAUAUUUGCCUGGCUCGUGCCAAAGAGAAAUGGCGAUCACUUAGCACAGGAGGGGCUGAAGUAGAAUGUGAAGAUGCUGGAUUUUCUGCAGCUGACAGAGAAGCAAGCUUGGAGUUAAUAAAACUGGAUAUCUCAAGAACGUUUCCUAAUCUCUGUAUAUUCCAGCAAGGUGGUCCUUACCAUGACACGUUGCACAGUAUUUUAGGAGCCUAUACUUGUUACAGACCUGAUGUAGGCUAUGUACAGGGCAUGUCAUUCAUAGCAGCUGUAUUGAUCUUGAACUUGGAUACUGCAGAUGCCUUCAUUGCUUUUUCUAACCUUUUAAAUAAACCCUGUCAGAUGGCAUUUUUCCGUGUGGACCAUGGCCUUAUGUUGACUUACUUUGCUGCAUUUGAGGUAUUCUUUGAAGAAAAUCUGCCAAAGUUAUUUGCUCACUUCAAAAAAAAUAACUUAACUCCAGACAUCUAUCUUAUUGAUUGGAUAUUCACAUUGUACAGCAAAUCUUUGCCACUAGACUUGGCAUGUCGUGUCUGGGAUGUGUUCUGCCGUGAUGGAGAAGAGUUCUUAUUCCGUACAGCCCUGGGAAUAUUAAAACUUUUUGAAGAUAUUUUGACCAAAAUGGACUUCAUUCAUAUAGCCCAGUUUUUAACAAAGCUACCAGAGGACUUGCCUUCGGAAGAAUUCUUCACAUCUAUUGCUGCCAUUCAGAUGCAAAGUAGAAACAAAAAGUGGGCUCAGAUAUUGGCUGCUCUGCAGAAAGAUAACCGGGAAAUGGAAAAAGGAAGUCCUUCACUCAAACGUUAAAACUAUGAUUGCCUCCAGUGACUCAUGGGAAAAGAGCUAAAGUGGCAAAAGUAUUGAGUACUGUUUGACAUGUAUGAGCCUGCAAAUUAAAGUGUUAUUUCAGAGUUUUGUUUAGUAGUAGGAUAGCCUUAAAGGGGAGAGAGGACAAAAGAGAAGGAGAGGAGAGGAAAAAAAAAAAAAGGAAGGAAAUCGGGGGAUGAAACCCUUGAAGUGAAACCUAGGCUUAGCCUUAAACUUUUAGUGGAAUGAGCAUUUGCUGUGGACAGCGUUACACAUUCUGUACUUCUGAUGAGGGCAGUGAAACUAAACAAUAUUAAGUGUUUUUUUAAAUUUUUUUUCUUUGAUGUUUUAAAAGACUGGGCAUUCAGCGAUGUUGGUUGCUUUGAAAGCUAUUCCCCAGUUUCAUUCUUCGGCAGGAUAUAUUUCCCAUACCCGUAACAGUAGCGGGAUCUGGAUUUUAAAUAACUGGUGCUGGAAUUUAUAGUUAAAUGAUGUAAGGACCAUUUCUUUAGAAAUGUUUCUUGUUUUAUAGGCUGUGGGUCCCAUUUACCAAAGAAAUCACGUAGACAUAGAACUACAUUCCAUUCUUUAACAAGAAAAAGUUAAGUAGAAAAUAAACUUGGAAGAGAAGUCAGGCUAGCAGUGCAAAACCAGUUAUUCUUCAAGAUGCCUUGGAAAUCUAUGUUUCCAAUCUGGAUGCAUAUGGAAGAAGUUCCAUUAAUCAGACUAGAUUCCAAACUCACCGAGGGGUUUCUAAUAUUAAGCUGGCUUCAUUUUCCAAUUGUACUCUUUCCUCUGUUUAACACAGGGUCACGUACUACUAAAUGUAUGUUUCCAUAUCUCCCUCUUCUGGGGCAGUGCUGUUUCGGGGUGUGGUUGCCUACCAGCUACGUAUUCCUGUGCCACCUCUCCAGUCGUGCUGAUGAAACUGUGGGCUGAGCAGAUAAAUGGAGAAAUGGUUAAAAGCAAUUUUAUAGUUACUUUAAACCCAGCUCUGCUCACUGGCAAAACUGAGGAGGAAGGG